AUGGCGUCAUCAUCCGGGCGGCAGAGCAAUGUGUUCUGGAUGCGUGUAUUUCUCUUUGGUGCGUCCUGCGUAGCGGGUCUUAUCAUUGCUCGACGCCGUAAACUCCAUCGAUUUCAUCUCCAUAUUCUCAACGGGAAAGUAGCAGACUGUGGUCGCUACUUUGCGCUCGAUAUUGGCGGUUCACUGGCUAAAAUGGUCUAUUUCCAGUCACUGGAAGGUGCUGCUGUCGCACAGCAACGUCAAAUGGAACGACAGCUGCAUCGAUCGGAUUGGAUGAGUUUCAGUGCGCAAAACUAUGCAGAAGGUAGUUUGGCCUUUAUUGAUGACUUUCUUAUGAGCCUUUACGCCACAGAUGAGACCCAGCGUGAGGAAGACCGACUGCAAAUGGUUGUGCCCGAGUUAGGUGGCACUAUCCACUUUAUCAAUUUUCCAACAGCAAAAAUGGACGAGAUUACAGAUUUUGUGCGUCGUCGUUUCUUCCACCGAUACAUCAAGAAGAUUGCGUGUACGGGCGGUGGCGCCUUUAAGUUCUCUCCGCUGUUUGAGUCGCGUCUGGGUAUUGAGCUCGAGAAAGCAGAUGAAAUGGAUGCUCUUAUUCAGGGACUUAAUUUUGUUCUCCGACAUGGUCCAGAUGAAUGCUAUACGUUUAUCAAUGUGAUUCCAGAUACGCAGGGUUUGGGAAGCGCUACGAAGAAAAUCUUACCAAAGCCCGACAAGCAUGAAUUGUACCCGUUCUUGCUUGUGAAUAUCGGUUCUGGUGUGAGUAUUCUCAAAAUUACAGGAGAGUCCCAAUACGAGCGUGUGUCCGGAACGAGUUUGGGUGGCGGGACAUUUCUUGGGCUUUGUCGUGCACUGUCUAAACUACGCACAUUUGACGAAGCAAUGGAUGCGAGUGUUGAGGGAGACUCGAAUGCAGUCGACAUGACUGUGGGCGAUAUCUACGGUACAUCCGGCUAUGAGCAAUUCCAGCUCAAGCCAGAUACAGUUGCCAGUAGCUUCGGUAAGGCCGGCGCGCGGCGUUUGCCACAUCCACCGCGAGACGUUGAUCUUGCGCGCUCGCUGCUCUUUAUGAUCACGCAGAACCUAGGUCAGCUGGCAUUUUUGAAUGCUCGUCGCAUGGAGACUAAACGGAUCUAUUUCUCGGGCAAUUUCCUACGACGCAAUGAACUAGCGUGUCGGCAGCUGGCUUACGCUAUCAGCUUUUGGUCCAAGGGCGAAAUGCAGGCGCAAUUUUUUCACCACGAGGGCUUUUUCGGUGCACUAGGGACGUUUCUUCAGCGUUGUAAUUGGCUUCCUGACACGUUGGCUAUGAGUGAGACGGAAACAGAGCAGGAAAUAACAAUAGCAAGGUAG